AUGACUUCUACCAUUGCGAAGAAAGCUACCUUCAUUCCACCGGGGAUCUACUGUCCGGUCAUCUCGCUCUAUAAACCAACACCCCGACAGGAAAUCGAUUACGACGCGUCAUACAAAUUCUUCUCGUACCUCAUCCGCGGUGGUGUCGAUGGCCUAGUACUUGCUGGAACUACUGCUGAAGCAGUUUUAUUGUCUGCGGAAGAAAGGAAAGAAUUGGUCAAAAUUGCCAGGAAAACAGCCGUGGAUCUCGGUCGCCCAGACUUCCCUGUUGUCGCGGGAAUCAGCGGCCAAUCCACAAAUGAGUCGAUCAGACUGGCAGAGGAUGCACUGAGUGCGGGCGCAAGUUUUGGAUUGCUGCUCCCGCCGAGCUAUUGGGCCAAGGCAGUUACCAAGGAUGCUAUUGUUGGGUUCUACCGAGAUGUCGCUGAUGCGACAACAUUACCCAUUGUUAUCUACAGUUUCCCCGCAAUGUGUAACGGCAUUGAUAUGAAUUCCGACACAUUAUCCGAACUCGCCCAGCAUCCGAAUAUUGUUGGGGUGAAAUUGACCUGCGGAAAUGCUGGAAAAGUGACCAGACUCACCCAGGAGUAUACCCAUGAGCAGUUCGCCGUCUAUGCUGGAUCAUCAGACUGGCUUAUUCCUUGUCUUGCUGGUGGCGGGGGUGGUUGCGUUACUGGGAUUGCCAAUGUGUUCCCUAAAUGUGUUGCGCAACUCUACUCCUUGUGGAAUCAAGGGAAGACCAAGGAAGCGAGCGAAUUACAAGGCCUGGUCGCUCAAGCGGAAAAGGCAUGCAAGGAAGGUAUUGCAGCCACUAAGUUUGGUACUGCUCAUUUUGCUGGACCGCUGGCUAGUAUAACCGAUCUGAAGGCUUUUUGGCCUCGGAAGCCAUAUGCUCCUUGUGGAGAGGAGAAGUCGGCUUGGGUGGUGAAGGUGAUGCAACAUCUAGUAGAGGUAGAGCAGAGUUUGCCGGAUGGAGUUUAG